AUGCAUACAACCGUGGGUUACUCCUUAGGAGGCACUGCUAUUGCCCUUACUGUUAUCGCUACCAUCCUCGAUGGCGUAUGCUACGCCUGGACCAGAUCCUCUUUUGAGUUAGCCGUACUCAGUCUCAGCGUAGUUGGCUGCGUUGUGCUGGCCCUACUGCUCGUGAUCCAAACACAGCAUCCCAGAACUAAAACAAAAAAUGGGUCGUGGGGGACCUGGCAACACACUGUUCACAUUCUAAUCGUCGCCUACCUCCUCCUAGCGGCGGGGACCACAGCCGGCAUAAUCGCAAAGAGUCUGACGACGGCGCAGGCCCAGGCACAGUUCAUUACUCGCAAUAUCUUUUGGGCCUUUUCAGUUAUUGCGCAAGCUAUCUCUUGCGGAUUUCACUUAGUCCCCAGGGCAAGGCAACAAGAUGAGGAGAAUACCCACAGUUGGCCACGUCCGCUGUCCCAUGAGCUCGAGAGGCUGGAUGAACGUCAUUCGGACGAAAGGACACAAGAGCGCUCGGACUCACCAUCGCUCUCGAUUACAGUUGAAUCCAACCGACCGUCAUUGUCUCUCAAUCCUAAGACGAGCACUGAUGGACUGGCGCCUGUGCGGCCAUGCAUGUCAAAUGUGGUCACGCGCGUAUCUAGUCGGUAUUCAGGCAAGACACUCUUCCAGCAGGACUCGAAGCACGAGUCGAUCGAUCUGCAUGCAGGAGUUAUGUCGUCGCCUUCCAAGCCUGAUGUUUCUGAGGGUCGUGACACCUGCAGCGUGGCCGACCAAGAACAUCAGUCCACUACCACUACUACGGCCUCUACUUCCAAUCCAGCACCAAAACGGACUGACUCAGAUGUGAGAUCCAUGGAUAGUCUCCUGAUCCUCCCAUCUCCACCUUCACCCACAGAACCCUCAGUCAACCUAGAGUCUAUCGCGACAACCAGCAUGAGACCACAUCCCCCGAAACUUAUUCUCCCUUCCAAUGAGAAGAACAUUCAUCCACUCUUCCGCUCUGAUAGCCCAUCGCCACCCCCGACACCAAUGCCAGGGACGAUAGUCAAAGCAUCACCUGUGGCCGGGACGACCAUCUCUGCAAGGACACUGAGCCGCGUACGAUCGUCCAACUCGCUGCGGGUAAGCAAUAACGGGCGUUCUCAUUCACCAUUAUUAUUGGAGAGGAUGGGCACGGCUGAGGAGGGUGAGAUGUCUUCUUCCUGUCCGCCGUCCCUUUCGUCAUCAAAAUCAAAACCCAUGCCGGGGAUCAUCAUGGCGGGAGAUCUGCGGAAGAGUAUGUUGCAGUAUGAGAAGAAGUAUGAUUUGAACGAAUCGCCGCUUGAGAAUUGA